AUGCAAGAUUAUGAUAAAUGGAUCAAUGAUUAUGCUCUUAUUGAGAGACAUGCAGAAGACCAAUUUGUUCAAAGGAACAAAAACUUAAAAGUUGCAGACCUAAUUGUGGAUGGUGUAUGGCAAAUUCCAGCACAAAUGUUCAACUUCUUUGAGAAGAAUGAAAUUCCAGCCAUUGGUGAAGGCCCUGACAAACUGAUAUGGGAGAAAGAUUUAAAUGGACAGAUUUCUGUUUCUAGUGCAGCACAGCAAAUAAGAAACAAAUAUCCAGCUUUGGCUUGGACAAAGCAAGUUUGGGAUUCCAGUGUACAUCCUUAUACAUCUGCUAAUGCAUGGAAGAUCGUAAGAGGAGCUUGUGCCACUGAAGAAGCUGUAAGGAAGAAGGGAUUUCUAACUGUAUCAAAGGGUUAUCUAUGUGGAAAUGCACAUGAUAAAAUGAAUCACAUACUGUGGGAAUGUUCAUUCAACAUCAAAAUAUGGCACUGGAUGGGAGGUAUUUUUAGCUUCCUUAAUCCUUCAUCAUUUGAAGAAGUGUUGAAAUUUGCUAAAGGCAAAAGUAAAGCAAUACAUGAAAUUUGGUAUGAUAGUGCAUUCAAGGUGAUGGUGGAACUCUGUCAUACAAGAAAUAAGAAGAUUUAUGAGAAUGAAACACCUAAAUUUGAAAAAACCACACAUGGUAUAUUGUCUUACACAAAGGAAUGUGGUAUGAGAUUGAAAGGAUCAAAAUGGAGCAACAUGUAUGAUCUGCAGGUUUUACUUCAUUUUGGAAUUAUAGGAAUUGCUACAAAAAUGACAGUUGUAAAACAAUGUUACUUCAAGCUACCUACAAGAGGACAAGUGUUGAUAUGUUGUGAUGGUGCAUCAAAAGGCAAACCUGGGAAUGCAAGUCUAGGCUUUGUGGCAAGGAAUGAUACUGGAGAAUGUUUGGGAGCAGCUUCUGGAGGUUUCGGAGUUGCAACAAACUAUUUGGCAGAAGUAAUGGCCUUAAUAGUUGUUGGUGAAUGGGCUGUGAAGAAAGGAUAUCAAAAGAAUUUUGCGGGAAUUAAUGGCAGGAGCGAAGCAGAAUUGGAGAUGGAUUUCUCGGCGAGUUUUGACGAGAUUCAAGGGUUGAGUUUUGUUGGGAUUGUCCUGUUAGAGCAUAAGAAAGCUGGUAUGGGUGUUUUGAUCGAACGAAUAGGGCUAUAUAUCCGUGCUGGAGCGAAACAGAGAAGGUGA